AUGGAUAAAAAUCCUUUCAGAGGUAAUCCUUCAAAGCGACAUCGGGAUAGGCUGAAUACCGAGCUGGAUAACUUGGCUAAACUUCUUCCGUUUCCUGAAGACACUAUUUCAAAAUUGGAUAAAAUUUCCAUCCUACGAUUAACUGUUAGCUAUCUGAAAGCGAAGAGUUAUUUUCAAGUGUGUGAGACAAAAAGAAAGUCACCGAACCAUGCAGUUGAUCAAAAUUAUCUCUCCCAAGAGUUUGAAGGAAAUGGACUUAUGUCUCAACUUCUACUUGAGGCUUUAGAUGGUUUUAUCAUGAUCAUCACGACAGAUGGUCAGUUGUUUUAUGUCUCUGAAUCGGUCAAGGAUUUCCUUGGAUAUUCUCAGGCCACAUUGAUUCAUCAAAGUCUGUACAAAUUUCUUCAUAUUGACGAUCAUAAAACUGUGAGAGAAAACUUAGUUUGGGUGGAGGACUGUGACACAACGACUGGGAAUCUUGAGGAUGACCAAGCUGACGAUAAAUUUGACGACGUUUUCGCUUCAGCCAAACGUGAGAAGAACUUCGCAUGCCGUAUUAAAUGUACUAUGAGUCAUGGUGGAGGGUUUUAUAAGAUGUUUCAAUGUCGCGGUCGUAUGAGAGAAAUUCACAUAAAGAAAAGGGAAGUCGACAGUGUGGAGUAUGGAUUAUUUGCUGUGAUAUCUCCGAUUAAUACACUACCAACUUCUUCGACUUUGGAAAUGGUUCGUAAAGAGGCUAUGCUGGCUUCACAAAGACGUUAUCAUCUUAGUGAUCAAAACCUUAACCUCACAGAGACGUAUCCACUUAGUUCACCCUACAAACCCUUCAUUGACCCUCGUCAUCUUCAUAUACCUCCAAUCACACCUACAACACCCACAGCGGCUGGUCACGAGGCUUCAUUUUUUCCACCAAAUUUUACGUAUGGUAAUGGGAACCUCUUGCGCCCGGGCAUCAAAAGGCGCAAUUCAAGCUCCUCGGCAAUUGCUGAUGAUUCGUCGACGAAUGACGAGAACGCCAGUUCGGAAGGCUCCGUGGAUAGCACUGGUGCUCGGCGAAGAGUGUCAUUUCGCCUUGACGAGGAAAAGUCGACGGAAAAACGGGAAAAGAUCGGAAGCCUUCGUAGAAUGUCGGCACCAGCGUUCGCAAAUCAACCAAUGACGUCACCAUCCUAUGAGACCACUUCUUACAAUAACAUGUUACAUCCAGGGACUCCUAACUGGUUAUACCCCACUCCUUUUUCAAAUCCUCUCCUGGGUUACCAAGAGUUACUUCAUCGUAUGGAAAGUAGGUCUUAUCUAUCACCGGGAUAUUUGUCUCCUUUAUAUCCGCCUUUCUCACCCGGAGGAAUGUUUCCACCCUAUUCUCCUUUUCUGAAACGGGCAUCAAGCUUUCCGAAUAUUUCCCCAAAUGGAAACGCAAUGUACCCAAAUGGGGAUAGUCUCUUAAGUCCUCGUAUACCACCGUAUGAUCCAUUUGCAUACUUCCUCGGCAAUCCACAAAGUUCUCGAAGUUCCAGCAAUGUCUCACCGUCAGGAGGAAUGUUAGGGCAUAUAGAAAACGGAAAAGAAGCUAAAGCGGAAGAAAAAGUGAAUGAAAAUGUGGAAGCGAUGGAAGAGGAUUCUUGUACCCAAGAAAUCGAAGUUGUAAACCAAGAUGAAGACGAAGAUGAAAUAAAUGUAACGGAAGAAACAGAAGUAAAACUUCAAAUUCCAACAAUAAAAAUUGAACAUUGUGAUAGUGAGCCUAUGGAAAACGACGAGGCUGGUUGUAGUAAAGUGAACUCAGUAUACUCUCCCUCGCACGAUAGUGACAUAUCUUCUGCACAACCGAGCCCUUCCAGUGACACUUCAAAUAAGCAGAAUGAAGGUGAUUUGCAAGAUGAAGGUGAUAACGAGGAUGGUAUACAGGAAACACUCGCGGACAUUGCUCACAAUUUCACCAGUAAAUUAGACAGUAUUCGGUCAACGUUUACAUUGUCUCUAGAUCGUAAUGUUGCUUCGUGUUUGGGGAAAAAUAAGUGAUUUUUUUGGCUCGUGUCAAGCAUGAAAAUUGCACGUAAAAGAUCACGUGAUUCCCAUGUGUUCUGAUGUAAGUUGAUGGGGUUAGUUUGGGGGAAAGUUGCGGAUAUCAUAGUUUGGUGAUAUAAAACUCCAAAAUGUCUUUUGAAAGUACGUUUUGAUUUGGGUGUGUGUCAGUUACAACCAUUUAUCUCUGAGACUAUACAAAGAGAGUAUUAUCGAGCUUGAGUGAAUUUCAGCAGAUGCGUGUUACUGUACAUAGCUUUGUUGGGGUGUCUACCACUUGUACUUCUUGCACAAAUUGCAGUGUAAAUAAAAUUCAAUUUGUUAAUUACAAACA